GCCUGCGUCUCGUGCUGAACGUCAGAACUGUUGUCAACAUGUCCACCGCUGCAGCUUCUACAAACAAUAACGAAGAGCCGGGGCUCCAAGGUUCCUGGGUAGAGCUGGAGCUGAAUGGGAAUACAGGGGCUCAGGGAAGGCAGACUAACCUGCCGACACCACCUGCUGCAGACCAAAUAAAUGCCAAUGCCGACAUGAGUCAGACACUCCAGACCUUGGAAGUGGUUGAAAGUGACGAAACCCUGAUAGGAGGACUGGAGCAUGUACCAUCAUCCUCAUCUAUCCAUAAUGGAGACAUGGAAAAGAUUCUUCUGGAUGCACAGCACGAGUCCAGCCCAAGUAACUCCUCCUGUGAAAGUCCUCACAGGCCACAGAGUCCAGAGCAGGAUGAUGGACAGAUAACAUUUGAUGUGGAGAUGUCCAGCCCAAGAGAUAGUCAGUCAGAAGAAGAGAAUGCAGACAGGGAUGGGGAGGAUGAUAUAUUGAUGAACAAAGAAGUAGACUGGGUUGCAGACUGGUCCAGCAGACCUGAAAACAUUCCGCCAAAGGAGUUCCACUUUAGGCACCCCCGACGCUCGGUAUCUCUCAGUAUGAGAAAGAGUGGAGUCAUGAAGAAAGGGGGCAUCUUUUCUGCUGAAUUCCUCAAAGUUUUCAUCCCUUCGCUGCUCAUCUCACACAUCUUCGCUCUUGGCCUCGGGGUGUACAUCGGGAAGAGAAUUGCUACAGCCUCCACCAGCUCUUACUAAAUAGAAAAUGAAGUGUCUGGAUGUGCUCCUGUCUCCAGUCUCUCAACCUCCCGUAGUCAAGCUCUGUCUCUGCAUCUGUCGUGCACCCACGUUUCCUCUCCAGUCAGAAUUAAUUGGUGCCACGCUGUAGAUGUAUACUUAUUAUGUCAUUGCACUCCAUAAGAUUUUGACACAGAGGGCCAUAUCAUGGUAUAAGCAGUCACUGACUUUAAUCCAAGUCAAAAAUAUGCAACACAGGGUUGAUGUCUGCUGGUUUCAGGCUGAAGUUUUGUCUUCCUGUGUUUGUGUUAAAGCACCAGAAUUCUGUCCUUUGUCCCAAGCUGCAGCUUUCCUCUGGUGUUUUCAAAGGCAAAAAUGAACCAAUAAUUAGUGCUAAAUCUGCAGUAUGAAUUAAUUAAAUUGGCUGCGGGAACAGAAAGGACUUAUCACCUCAAUUUUUGAACUUAACAUUCACGGUGCAGUGAAUUCAGGGUAAAGGCUGGAUUAUGCUGCACCAUGGGAUCAGUUUUUUUAAUUCUGCAUAUUUUUCAGGCCAGAAGUUGCAUCAUGUUAGCCCCAGAGGUUUUCCUGUUAAAAGCUUUGUUUUUUUUUUAGGGUUGAGAAGCUUAAGCAUGAAUCUGGUACACAGCUUGAUAAUUUUAAUGUGAGGUCGAUGGAGAGUUUUAUCAUAGUGGAACUCAGAGUGGAAGGUAAUAUACCAGGCCAUAUGCUAUUUUUGCCUACAUAUCUUUUUCUUUUACACAUAACAGCAGUAGCAAAGUGCCAAAAUUUUUAUCUUUCACCACUGCACAUUGGUGAUUUGUCUUAGUUUUUGUCAAAUAUUUAGGUAUUUAAAAAUGUAGAUGUGAAAAAAUAAUUUAAGCUGUGAUCUUCCCCAUGUAAUAGUCUCCUGUUAACAUUGUAUAUUUCUUUAUAAAUUGAUAUAAAUGUAUAUCAUAUCUGAUACAUUGUGGCAGUGUAAGUAAUGCUUUCUUUCCUGUUGCUAAGUUGCCGAAGCUUCAUUGACAGACACCACCAAUACAGAGGAGGCUCUUUCUGAGGUGUCUUUUAAGAGUGUUAUCUGACUUUAAUGUAGAUUUCACUGUUCAGUAAUGUCACCGGAUAUGAAAAAAUACAUAAUGCACGGUGUGGGACAUCUGGAAAGAGAACAGACAUCAUUUCCUGAGGAAAAUGCAUGCAUUUCUGUAUAUUGAUGCUGAUUGCACGACUCCUCUGAAAGUGUAAAAUGAUGACAUAAUUAUAUGAAAAUCACUGACUAUAAGGUACAAUACUGGCAGUAUUGUAAUGAAAGCCCUCAUCAAGGUUUUAAUGCAUGUUGUAAUUUGUACUAACCCAUAACAUGUACAUGUGGUCCCUACAGGCUGAUGUACAGCUUAUUGGCGUGCAAUACAGACCAUUGUGAAAUUUGAAUAAAGUUUGUACUGUAUGCAGUUGCUGAUGUAUAAAUACAGAGGGAGGAGAUCUAGCCCCACUGAAAUCAGUACAUUGUUUUCUAACCAUUAACAGGCACAUAUUAGAAGCUUCUGCAACGCUUAGAGCAGUGGGCUUUGUGAAAUAUACAUUCUAUUGAAAACUCAGACUGAGAUGUGAACACAGUUGUAGUCUGUGGAGGUUAAAUGACAUGUUGCCUGUUUAACAAAGAACACAAUGUAAGCCUGACUGACAAUGUUUGUGAUAAUUGGGAGGCUUGGUGAAUUUUCAUAAACAAUAAAUGGCACUAGGUUACAA